AUGGUUUUUUGCUUGUUGCUUCCGCAUUUUAAUUUCGAAUUUGAGUGAAUAACAACCGAAAAUGUCAGAAAACGACGUAUAUUUGAGUUGGGGUAUUCUAAACAUCAUCCUGGAAAAUCGUAAUGAAACUUUUCAACCAGUAUUGCAAAUAUUAUGCAGCAGAGAAAUGUCAUCAAGUAAAAAAAUUCGUCUAGCCCUAUACGAUGGUCGUAUCGUUUGGAAGCAUUGUAUCGUCAUAAACGAUGAACUGAACGAACGAUUCCAUCAAGAAUUGCUCGUACCAUUUACUGUCAUACGCAUCGAAAAAUAUCAGUUGGCAGCGAAAAACGACGAUGCUUUGAUAUUAUUGAUCGAAAAUUUAUCUAUCAUCAAAAAUGGCAAUAAUGUUAAUCGGAGAUUAGUUAAAAGUUCAAGAGAAUCACAAGAAUUGGAUGAUACUUCUGAUUCGAAAAGUUUAUCUACCAUACCUAAAGUUUCUGGAUUACCGACAAAAUCAGAUUCGAGCAAUAUUGCUAUUGUGAAGCCUAAUUCUGUCAGUCAAGAUUCAUCAUUGAAUUUCUUAAUCGAUCCACAAUUGAUUUGUCCAAUUAAUGUACUAACACCGUUUUAUCGUACUUGGAUAAUACGUGCUUGGGUAAUGAAUAAGUCAUCACUUCGUUCAUUCGCCAAUGGACGAAUAUUUCAUUUUGAUGUUCAUGAUCAAAGCGGUGAGAUACGCAUCACUUGUUUCAACGAAGAAUGUAAUCGUUAUUACAAUCUUAUCCAAAAUAAUAAAUGCUAUUUCGUUGGAAAAGGAACAGUUAGAUUUUCUUCAAACGAAAAAUUUAAUAAUAUUCACAAUGAUUACGAUAUCUCUUUAAAUAAAUCCAGUUUUAUUCAUCCAUGUCCAUUAGAACCUGGUCUAAAACCACCAAAAAUCCGUUAUAAAUUUGUGAAACUUGCAACUAUAGCCAAUCUAGAUAAACGUUCUGUGAUCGAUGUAAUUGCAAUAAUUCAUUCAGUAGAUAAUACAAGAACCGCGUAUCAACCACGUUACCAGAAAUUUGUACACAAACGAAAGUUGACCAUUGUUGAUGAUUCAAAAACUAAAACAAUUCUUAUUUUGCAUGAAGAUCAUGCGAAAAAUUUUAAUGGAAUACCUGGUCAAGUAAUCGCUGUCAGAGGUGCUGUUGUAAUUGAAAAUCAAGGCAAAAUGCUUUCUACAUUCGCUUUACCUUUGAUUGAACCUGAUUUACCUGAAACUGAUUUGUUGAAGAAUUGGUAUCAAGCUUUGAGCCAACAAGAACAGCAACAGUUUUUAUCGCUUUGCCCAUCUACAGAUCAAAAAAUCAAUAGGCCAAUUCAAUUCACUUUUAUCGGCCAUUUUGUUCAGAAGAUCAGGCUUGAAAAAAUACUAUAUUCGAACAUUCGCUGUAAAAUUAAAAGUCUAAAUCGCCCAGAAAAUCAUUUCUACAAAUCAUGCCCUUGUUGUUCAAAAAAAUUAUCCGAUGAAAAUAAUAUAAACUAUUGUAUUCAUUGUAAUUUUACAUUCAACGAAUUCAAAUGGCGCAUGAUACUCAGCAUGGAGAUUGCCGACUGGUCCGAUUCUGUUUGGGUAGUCGCUUUUCAUGAUCAAUGCGAAAUGCUAUUAGAUAAAUCCGUCGAAGAAUUGGCUCAUUUAUAUCAAGGAAAUCCUUGUUGCUAUAGGCAAUUAUUGUCGCAAAAGUUAUUGUUCCGUACGAUCAGUAUUCAAAUCAUAUCCCGUACGGAAUUGUAUGAUGAAGAACCUCGUAUACGACAUACCGUAGCAUCGAUCUUACCCGACAAAAAAUUCAUUUAUGAUACCAUAAAAUCAAUUGAAUUUCUCAAAAAUAAUAUCGAUUAAAAUUUGUUUAUAUAAUAUAUUAAUCCAUUGUAUAUAUGUUCAGGUGUUUAAAAAAAAAUAUUGUAUUUACAAUUACAAUAAAUGUAUG